ACGAUCCCCUGCCCUUCCCCUCCCCCUGCGCCGCAGAGGCUGUGGAUGCUGCCGUACUCCUGCCAUGUGCUGCCGCCGCCUCUCCUGCUGCUCGUAGCUCAGUCGAGCGUGUCUCCGGCUGCAAACUCCGCCAAACAAGCCUGCAUCCUCCUCCAGGGAAGGAUACCCAGAAGCGAUGAAAUUUCCAAUCGAGACUCCAAGAAAACAGGUGAACUGGGAUCCUCAAGUGGCUGUUCCCUCACCAGUGCCAGCCUGUGAACCUGAGCCCAAGACCAACGGGCACUACCCAGCUCCACGACUCUCUGUUUCCUCCCGAGCCACUGUUGUUGCUACCAUGGAAGCCCCUUCUCAAGGCCUGCAGACAGUCAUGAAGUGGAAAACAGUGGUGGCCAUCUUUGUCGUGGUGGUAGUUUACCUGGUGACGGGAGGACUCGUCUUCCGUGCCCUGGAGCAGCCCUUUGAAAGCAAGAAGAAGAACACAAUUGCGCUAGAGAAGGCUGACUUUCUUCGGGAGCACGUUUGUGUAACCCAACUAGAGCUGGACACGCUGAUUCAGCAUGCUGUUGAUGCUGAUAAUGCAGGAGUCAGUCCCAUAGGAAAUUCAUCUAACAACAGCAGUCAUUGGGACCUUGGAAGUGCCUUUUUCUUUGCUGGAACAGUCAUCACAACAAUAGGGUACGGAAACAUGGCACCAAGUACUGUUGGAGGCAAGGUUUUCUGCAUCUUGUAUGCCAUCUUUGGGAUUCCACUGUUUGGCUUCUUGCUGGCUGGGAUUGGAGACCAACUUGGAACCAUCUUUGGGAAGAGUAUCGCAAGGGUGGAAAAAGUUUUCAGAAAAAAGCAAGUGAGUCAAACAAAGAUCCGGGUGAUUUCUACCAUCCUCUUCAUCCUGGCAGGCUGCAUUGUCUUUGUGACCAUUCCUGCAGUUAUCUUCAAACACAUCGAGGGAUGGACAGCCUUGGAGUCAAUCUACUUUGUGGUUGUCACUCUGACCACUGUUGGCUUCGGUGACUUUGUAGCAGGGGGAAACGCUGACAUCCAUUACCGGGAGUGGUACAAACCCUUAGUGUGGUUCUGGAUCCUUGUUGGCCUUGCCUAUUUUGCCGCUGUCCUGAGUAUGAUUGGCGACUGGUUAAGAGUCCUGUCCAAGAAGACAAAAGAAGAGGUUGGAGAAAUAAAAGCCCACGCAGCAGAGUGGAAAGCCAACGUGACGGCUGAGUUCAGAGAGACACGGAGGCGGCUCAGCGUGGAGAUCCAUGACAAACUUCAACGGGCGGCCACCAUCCGGAGCAUGGAGCGCAGGCGCCUGGGCCUGGACCAGCGAGCCCACUCCUUGGACAUGCUCUCUCCAGAGAAGCGCUCCGUCUUUACUGCCUUGGAAACAGGACGCUUCAAGGCCUCAUCUCAGGAAAGCAUCAACAACAGGCCUAACAACCUGCGCCUUAAAGGGUCAGAUCAGCUCAACAAGCACGGGCAGGGGGCAUCCGAGGACAACAUCAUUAACAAGUUUGGAUCGUCUGCUAAGAUGACCAAAAGGAAAAACAAAGACCUCAAAAAGACCAUCCCUGAGGAUGUGCGUAAAAUUUACGAGACCUUCCGAAACUACUCCUUGGAUGAAGAAAAAAAGGAAGAGGAGACGGAGAAGAUGUGUAACUCUGAGAACUCUUCUAGCACUGCAGUCCUGACCAACUGCAUCCAGCAGCACUCAGACCUGGAGAAUGGAGUGAUCCCCAAUGAAACCAAAGAAAGGGAACAUGAAAACAAUGCGUUACUUGAAGACAGAAGUUAAAUGUAAAAGAUGCUUGACUUGAAUUAACAAUGUUAGUGUUUUUAUAUACAUAUAUAUAUUGAGACACGUGCCUUAUACAGACUCCUUAUUCAGUCUGAAUUAUAUAGCAUCGAAGAAUAUUUCACUGUGCCAUAAAGACUCGAGCUUGCUCUGCCAAAACAAAUCAGGAACACAGCACCGCAGAAUGGCAACAGAAAGCUACGCACAUGGAAAUUUCAGCCUGUCUAAGAUUACCAGGGCGAGACACAAAGGAAGAGAUUGCAGCCUGGCAAUAUCACCAGAGUGCUCCUACCAUGGCUUAAUGGUAGACAAAGGGCAGCUAUGUAAGAAGAGCCUUUCAAAGGGAUGGAAAAGAGCUUGUCUUUGUAAUGGAGUACGCAUCCAUAAAGCCUUCCCCUGGUGAUUAAAAAGAGGAGAAAUGAUUGGAGUGAACUAGAAACUUUCAGUAAAGCUUAGUUUACGUUUUGGCACGUGAUCCAAGCUAGAUUUUUUUUUUUUUCCAUUUUUGAAUCAGAUGCAUUAUCUUUCUAAACUCCAGAAGAAUGUCCAUAGACACAGCCACCAGCUGGGUGCUGGUUUGAAAAAUCAACACAGACAUAUUUAAGGGUCGGAUUGCUCUUUUCAUUAAAAAAACAAAAACAACAAAAAAACCUCUGUGGGUAUUUAUCUUAACCAGUGACAAAAAGAAGGAAAAGAAACAAAUGGAUUUUUUUUCUCGUGUAGGAAAUAUUCAAUGUAAAGUCACAGCAAGAAAGUGCAUAUGAAGAAAAUACAGCAUCUUGUGCUAUGUUGUUUCGCGGAAGAGAAACAUUAAUUUAAUGAUAUUGGGCUAGGUGUAUAAAACAGUGGGUCAACUGUUUUUUUUUUAAAAGAAUUUCUCAUCCACACUUUCUACCACUGGAAAAAAACCCUUCAACUUUAAUGCUGUAAGACUAUGAAGACAGAAGGAAAGCUCUAGCUUUUGCAUGUCAGCAAACUGCUGUUCUCUGUAGCUGAAUCUGAAUUUUUAAAAAUAGACAUAAGAGCAUAUACGCUAUUCAAAUGAGAGCCAGGGCAACCAUAGAAUCUCAGGGCUCUCAGCCCCCUGUUGCUGGGUUUGGGUUUAGACAUAAGCUGCAGUCAUAAUCUCUGAAAAAAGAAAAGAAAAAGAAAAAAGAAAUUUUGGAAAAAGAAGUUGAGAAAAUUAUGGUGGUAAUUUUUUAAGUGCUUAUAGCUUUAAGUGCCAUUAAUGCUGUCAUAUUUUGUAACUUUUUAAACAAGUAUUUUGAAUUACUGUUUUAUUUCCUUUUAGGUACUACCUUUGUUUCAUUUGCUAUCUCUUUUCUUGAUAAAAUCUUAACAUGAGCUCUCUGCGUUUCUAGACUAAAGGGAAAUGUAACCAAACUGUUGACGUUUUUUAAAACUCUUUUGUGGUGUCUGGACAUAUGGAUAUAAGAAAUACAAAUGUCCCUAGACUUCACAGUAAUUAUUCAAAGAAAAGGCUGCAAAAUAAUUAAUGGGAAUUGCAAAACAGACUAAAAUUUUGUAGCCUCAGCCUGUGGGCUACUGUGUUUGCCAUUGCAGAUAGAAUUUGCAUGCUGGAAAUGAGAGGCGAUUGCACCAGCGAUGCUUCCCCUGCGCCUUCACAAACCCCUAAAUAUCCCUGCAAUUCAAACUGUAGGCUUCUAGGUAAAUUAAGCAUGGAUGUAGAUGACAGAGACGUACUAAGUCUUACAAGCUGGUCAGACAUACAGACACUCGCAGGUCAGACAGACACAGGCUUUGGGCUUUGCACGCCCAUGUCUGCACACACCAAAACGCACGCUUCGUUUUCUGUGAUAGGUUCUGAGAUCUUAUGUGCAAUGAGCCAACUCAAAAUCUAACUGGUCACCAGAAUACACAAUUGCCAUGGCUAUGACUAGAAGCAUGCCAAUGCAAAUUUUGAGUCUGCAUAUCUGCAUAUCUAAUUGAGUCUGCACGAUUUGCAGGAAUGAGCCAAAUUCCACUGGUGCAGAGGAGGAGAGUUCUUAGUAUGCUCUGUCUGCUGGUUUGCUUCACUUGAAAUACCGUAUCACCUCCCUCAUUUCAUUAUCUGCUUGAAAAUUAGGGAUGAAAAAACAAUGUUUGAAAAAUGUCAGGUCAUUUGGGAUUGCUUUAACUCAGUAAGAUCCAACAGAAAUUGGAUUCUGCUUAGUUCCCCAGUGAAUCUCUUCAGGUGUGGGGCUGUGCUCUGGCUUGAGGCAGGGCAGUCAGCCCAGUCCCUGGGGAAAGUUUCAUCUGCCUCAAGAGCUGCUGUGGCUUCUGGAGGCUUCUGUGCCACACAGCCCUGUGCUCAGCUUCACAGUGAUGCAGAUGGCUGCUUGUGGCCAUCCUUAGGUCCUGUUCUCCUCGAGCCACAGGCAGAUACCAGCAAGAUGUAGGUCUGGUCAGGCAUCACAGGCAUUCAGCCCUCCUGUUCCUCCUGGUUUUGGGCAGGCUUGGGAUGAAGUUCAGCCUUGGGUGCCACACGUGAGCAAAUCUUCUGAAGUCUCACUCAGAAUCAUGUCCUGCUAAUUCUGUAGUUCCAUGAUGGAUGAAGCAUACCUGGAUGUGCUAAGCUUUUAUGCUGUUCAGAUCUGGGGUUUUCCUGUGGCCUGGUGGGAAGUUAGGAGUGAAAGCUACAAUUUAGGAUUUGCAUUUGAAUUCUGGAAAAGGUUCAGAAAUGCUCAGACAUGCGAUUUGGGUCCUGGUUACACCAUCCUGCGCUUUGCUGGUAUGAAGGAUCAGGCUCACAAAAGCAUCUCGUCUGACUCAGAAAGCAUGCAAUGCAUACAGGCUGUGCUAACAAUUAAUUCUCUUUGGUUACCAAAUGCUAAAACCAACAUCAUGCAAGCAGUGUUAGUUAUUCUCAACUAAGUUCUCGCAAGAAAUGAUUGCCUGUAAUGGCAAAAAGUCCUGCACAGGCAGCUGUAAGGAUAUGGGAGAUGCAUUUCCUCUGUGUGGAGUAAAUGGCUUAGUCAUAGCCAGAGGGUCAGGGAAACUAGGAGUCUGUCUUGUGGGACUUGUCUGUGUGAGCAGGGAGUUGGGCGUUGGGCAAAUCAUGGAAAACAGGUCAAUCUGGACAAAGCAACUGAGGAGGCAAAGUUCAGUGGCCAAAUUCAAAACUGUUUGCUCUGAUGGGAUAGAAGGGUAAUGAAAUAUUGGCAUGUUUUUAAUCUCUAAACUUCCUGAGUUUUCAGUCUGUCCCUUGUCCAGAUUCUAGCUGAUGGAGUGUGUGUCUCAUUGUAGUUUCUGCCUGGCCACACCAUGCCUGAAUCUCUGGCUGACUUUUUAUCAGCUGUAUCUUCAGCAACUCUUAUUUUGGGAUAUGAUGGAUUGAGGGACAAAAGGUGAUGCUGAAUAAACUCCCAGUGAGAUACUGAAUAGAGCAUUUGAUGGCCUUUUACAUGAAGGCAAAACACUCUCUUUCAUUGCUCUCCUUUUCUGUGUUUGUGAAACUUGCUGAGGAAGCUGCCAGUCUGCUACUGGAGUAAAUAUUUCCUCCUAUAUGAUUGCUUAUUAAAUACCUCAAUAUAUACUUUUUAUUAUAAUAUGGAAAGUGCAAAUGGUGUAUUGCAUAGCAGAGGCAGAGAGAAAUGUCUGACAACUAAAAUGACAUUUUAAUGUCAUAAAUUGCUUCUCCCCUUGUAAAGGCCAUCCCUUGGUUUUAGUUGUAUGCAACAGCUUGGGAGAGAAUCUCAGUUCAAACAUCAACUGUUUUUAUGGCUAAAAUUCUCAUCCUUUGGCAUUUGAUAAUAAUUAUAAAAAACUUAGGAUGUGAUUUCUAGUGAGGUUGUUCCACCAUUAUUGAAAGUUUUAGCAAAAGGUAGUCUGAACCAUAUCCAAAACUCCGUGCUCUAAAUUAUACCCUUUCACAGCAGCCUGAAAAUAAAAAGUCAAACACAAGGGUGACUUACUGACUUUGAAUCUCAGAUCCUGCCCUGAGCACAACAUGGCUUGACAUGGGAAUUGGGACCUGAAAGAACAAAGGAAACAUGGAUUUUCUGUAGCCGCAGCCCUCACACAUAGAGGACAACUCAGCUUCUGUUUUCCUACAGCUUUCAGCUCUGCAGUCCCACUUUCUAGUACCUUGUGCAGGAGAAUUCUGGCAUGCUCUAUUGGGGAUCCUCCUGAAACAUUAACCAUCACUGAACUUGUGCAGAUUUUGCAUGAGUGUUUUUGAAAAGAUUUGUAACUUCAUCCAUGUGACAGUCUGUGAAUUUCAUUAUCCUUUAAUAGGGAAUAUUAUUUCUAAUAACAGUUAUUAGAAAUAAUAGUAAUUAAAACCAGUGAUUUACAUUUAUGAAAUCUGAUUUUGGUUGUUGCUGUGAAGUUAUAAAUCAUCUGAGCUCCUGCUGUCUGGCUUAAUGAUGUCUCUAGUACAAGUGUGCUUCUUCCAAAGCCAUUAAUGGGCUACGCCAGAGACUUUCUGCAAAAUUCUCAAACCCACAAUAAAUGAAAGUAUGUCUGUGAGUUCAGGGUGUUAAAAACCCCGUCCUUAUAAAACCUGUGUUUUCCUGAAGAAUUUGUGUUUAUGCUGUACAUGGCUGUUUGUUUGCCAGCUUUGGUUUUCUCAGGGGCUUAUUUGUGUUGUCAGGUUGCAUGAUGUCUGCUAGUCUCACUUUUCCCAUCAUCCUCUAAAAAUAAAUACCAGGCAAAGACCAAGCUUUAUGUUAUGUUGAGUACUAACCUAGAACAAGAAGUCUUCUACUAAACAUGAAUUUGAAAGGUGACUGGGAACUGCUUCAGUCCUUCCUGUACAUAUAUUUGUUCUGAACUAUGCUUUGUCUAAUCUAAGGCCAAAAUCUGUCCCCAUCAAGUCAGUGCAGUAAAGUGGAACUAGCUUGUUAUUUUUAAGCUUUGUAGAGCAAAGACCUGCUGCUUUAAUGGCAGUGCCAUUUACACUUACUAAAUACAAAUAUGCCCAGAUUCAGAAACAGUUCCUUAGGCAAUUAAAUUUCAAUGAAAACACAAAACAUACUAACACAAAUCUAUGAAACUCAAAUAAAAGCUUAUAGUUUAAUGUAUGAAACCAGUUGCCUGAAAUAUAUCCGUGAAAAAAAUGCAGAUCUGAAAAUACCUUUAGAUUGCCUAAUUUUUCCCGAGGUCCCCAUCUUCUUUACUACUAGUAGGAGUUACUCUCCUUAAUACCAUUGCUGAGCUGGACCCUCUAUUUUUUCUUCCUGCCAGUGCAACUCAAGUACAUAAUGAUGUUAGACUCUAUUGACUCGUGCUGGGGAAAUCACACACUGAGGAAGCACUUGUGAAAGCUUAUUUGGGAGGUGUCCUGACGUAGCCAGCGCAUGCUCUGUGAGCUGGGCUGAGGUCACCCUAAAGGCUGGUCUUACCCACAGCACUGGUGAGUUCUCAGGAAGCGGUUCUAAAAAGGUCUCAUACAAAGACCUCACACACCGUGCCCACCAUCACACAUGGAUUUAGUGGUGGUGCCUCCCCGCUCCACGCAGGUAGAUGUGAACUUCUGUGCUCCCUCACCUCUGGUUACAGGUCACGUCUGGGAUGAGUCUUACCACCAGUAAAUACCAGUGCUGGUGCUUUCAGGGAAAAGCAGAUGUAUGUCUAGCAGGUGGCCUUUUGAGGCAAAUAGGAUCUGCUCUCCUUGGCUGAACUCCUUGAGAGCAGAUCACAGGCAGGUGAUAUCUGGCAUGUGAGAGAGAAUACUUUAGGCUCCCAAAUAUAUUCCACCCACACGAUCUUUUUCCCUUGUGAGAGCUGGGUGCUUAAAGAGGAAAGCUUACGGUGCCUAUUGUGAGCUGUGAGGCAAACACACCAGCUUUCAGCCUACCAUUUAGCAGUUUCUCACAUCCUGGAGUCAUGUAGUAGCUAUAAUUAGAAAAUGGCAGGGUUUGUAUCUGGAUCACAGCUUCCCAGCCAUUUAAAUUUAUUCAGGCCAGUGUUUCAAUAUAGUUUUAGACUGAUUUUUUUUCCAAAGUUAUAAUGAAUUUGAUCUGGACCUUUUGGACAGGGCUGAGAAACCAUUAUUAGUCAUUUCCAGCCUUGCAUUUGAAAAAGAACUUUCUUAAAAAUUUGGGGAAACAUUUCAGUGGGACCCUGAUCUACUGUUUUUCCUGCUCAAAUUAUGGUAUAAACAAUCAGUAAAUCCACUUGCAAGGAUGUUGUAUCUACUCUCUUGUCUCUGUCCCUCUUUCUCUCUCUCUGUAAGAUUUUAUGGUGCUUUAGAAAGGCAUUUUCAGAAAAGGGACAAUUUCAUAAAUGUCAUUACCAGGGUACAGAGCAGAAUGUGCUUGUACCAUCUUGAUAAGUUUUGCUGCUAUUGUCUUUAUUUUAUGAUGUAAUGUUUUAC